GGUCACGUGACCACGUCUGCCCGCCCUCUCACCCAGCUGCCUCUAGGUUCUAGGAAGAUGGCGAAGGUCUCAGAGCUUUACGAUGUCACUUGGGAAGAAAUGCGAGAUAAAAUGAGGAAAUGGAGAGAAGAAAACUCAAGAAAUAGUGAGCAAAUUGUGGAAGUUGGAGAAGAAUUAAUUAAUGAAUAUGCUUCUAAGCUUGGAGAUGAUAUUUGGAUCAUAUACGAACAGGUGAUGAUUGCAGCCCUAGACUAUGGUCGAGAUGACUUGGCAUUGUUUUGUCUUCAGGAGUUAAGAAGACAGUUCCCUGGCAGCCAUAGAGUCAAACGAUUAACAGGCAUGAGAUUUGAAGCCAUGGAAAGAUAUGAUGAUGCUGUACAGUUAUAUGAUCGAAUUUUACAAGAAGACCCCACUAACACUGCUGCAAGAAAGCGGAAGAUUGCCAUUCGAAAAGCCCAGGGGAAAAAUGUGGAGGCCAUUCGGGAGCUGAAUGAGUAUCUGGAACAAUUUGUUGGAGACCAAGAAGCCUGGCAUGAACUUGCAGAACUUUAUAUCAAUGAACAUGACUAUGCAAAAGCAGCCUUUUGUUUAGAGGAGCUAAUGAUGACUAAUCCACACAACCACUUAUACUGUCAGCAAUAUGCUGAAGUUAAAUAUACCCAAGGUGGACUUGAAAACCUCGAACUUUCAAGAAAGUAUUUUGCACAGGCAUUGAAACUGAACAACAGAAAUAUGAGAGCUUUGUUUGGUCUUUACAUGUCUGCAAGUCAUAUCGCUUCUAAUCCAAAAGCAAGUGCAAAAAUGAAAAAGGACAACAUGAAAUAUGCUAGUUGGGCAGCUAGCCAAAUAAACAGAGCUUAUCAGUUUGCAGGCCGAAGUAAGAAGGAAACCAAAUACUCUCUCAAGGCAGUUGAAGACAUGCUGGAAACAUUGCAGAUCACCCAGUCUUAAGGUUUCAAAAACUCUUUGACAUUAGAUUUCACAACUGCACAAUUGAAAUUAUUGGCCUGUGACUUAUUUACUAAAUGCCCAGUGCUAUUUAUAUUCUAAUUUUCUGUGAGAAGGCAGUUUUAAAGAAUGUGCUUAUAUAAACCUAAAAAUGCCUUUUACUGCUAAGCAGGGAGAUGGGGGAAAUCCAUGGAAGAAAGAUUUAAGACCUAUUGAUUGUACAUCGGUCUCUUCAUAUCACAUAUAUAUAAAUGCUUUUAAUCCACAAUCUGAUGUAGAAAUAACCUUGUUAAAUAAACUACAAUGAUUUGUUAAACUUGCA